AUGGACCUGCCAGAGUCCAUGUGCAAUGUCCUGCCCAGCCCCAUGGGGCUGCUGCUCUUCAGUUCCAUGGGGCUCCUGCUGCCCAGCUCCCCAGAGGUGCUGCUGCCCGAGUCCCUGAGGAUGCUGUGCUUGAAGAAGGGGACGUUGUUAAAGCAUGUGUUCACACUCAGCAGAGCAGCAAUGCCCAGAGAAAGCUGUCUGUGCACUGCAGGUGAUGCGCUCGUGAGUUGCCACAGACACUACAGAGCCCGUCCUACGCAUGGUAUCGGGAGGUAUAAAUACCUGCUCCCGCAGGAGACUUCGAAGAAGAGAAAGGAUCGACUACAGAUGAAAGCGAUAAACGUUGGGACCGAAUACGAGUACGGAGACGUCAACAUCCAGAUGACUUCCUAUGACAUGUGUCUCGUGGAGCAUUUUGCUCAGUACGUGCAUAAACUCUGCAACCGCCUCUCCAUCAGAGUGAACGAAAG